AUCAUCGUUCUAACUUCGACCUUCAAUUCCCGUGCUUAACAGAAGCACAAAAUCCUUUGACUAAAGAUUUGAACAAGGUAGCUGCUCAAUCUCAUCGACAUGGCGAGAUACGAUAGAGCCAUUACAGUUUUCUCACCCGAUGGCCACCUUUUUCAAGUCGAAUACGCCCUAGAAGCUGUUCGUAAAGGCAACGCCGCCGUUGGCGUCCGGGGCACCGACAUCGUCGUUUUAGGCGUCGAGAAAAAAUCAACCGCCAAACUCCAGGACUCCAGAUCAGUGAGAAAGAUUGUCAAUCUGGAUAAUCACAUUGCCCUUGCUUGUGCAGGACUAAAAGCAGAUGCCCGUGUUCUUAUAAACAGGGCCCGUGUUGAAUGUCAAAGCCAUAGGCUCACAGUCGAGGAUCCAGUGACUGUUGAGUACAUAACUCGUUACAUUGCUGGUCUUCAACAAAAGUACACUCAAAGUGGUGGUGUCCGACCAUUUGGUCUUUCAACCUUGAUUGUAGGCUUUGAUCCAUACACUGGUGCACCUUCCCUUUACCAAACAGAUCCUUCAGGGACUUUUUCAGCUUGGAAAGCUAAUGCUACCGGUAGAAACUCAAAUUCAAUUCGGGAAUUCCUAGAGAAGAACUAUAAGGAAACCUCUGGGCAAGAAACUGUAAAACUGGCCAUCCGAGCAUUGCUUGAAGUUGUCGAGAGUGGGGGGAAGAACAUAGAAGUUGCUGUAAUGACAAGGGAGCAUGGCCUUAGACAACUUGAGGAAUCUGAAAUCAAUGCCAUUGUUGCUGAGAUUGAAGCAGAGAAAGAAGCUGCUGAAGCUGCCAAAAAAGCCCCUCCUAAGGAGACCUGAUUUUCUUUUCCUUUCCUUUCCUUUCAUCUUUGGGUUUUCUUUUGUUCAAACAUUGUUCUUACUAUGGGUUAAUUUUAUAUCGUGUUCUGUAUUGUAAUGUGUUUGGAGCACCAAGACUCGUGCAUUUAGCAACUCGGAGAUGUCGAUUCUUGAUUAAGGCAAGAUAAAAGAGUAUGUAUUUGCCCUGCUUCAUUUGCUAGUCAAACUAUACUUUGUAAUCUUGUAUUUAAUGUCAUUUCAAUCCUUUAUGAAAGAAAGAUGCACAUUAUACUAUGGAU